CACGUCUUGGCAAAGUCUUAUGUGACUAGCCUGCGAGCAGCUGUGAAGGGCAGCUUGAAACUUUCCACUGCCUGCCCGCCAUCAGCCAUGGCAUCAAAUUGCAUGGCUGGCUUGACUGCCUUGCUGUCAGACCAAUCUAUCCCGACCAAUGAGCACGCACAAAGAGAAGAGCCCAUGCCAACCGAAAUUCCGGGGAGUGGUUUGAAAAAAAAGAAGGGAAGUAAGGAGAAAGGGAAGGGAGGAGAUGGUUCUAGUGUGGUGGGUAGUGGAGGUGAUUGUACCAGGAGUGAUUCUUAUGAGGAAAAGUUUCCUGAGAGCAUGAUCGCUGUGUUGGCUGACCAAGCAGCUGCUGAGCUGGCAGCUUCGGUCCGCCAGCUCAUUCACAAUCCCGAAGCUGACUCAGCAGGUACGGACGCCGACUCAUCAGAAGAAGAAGACGAGGAGGAGGAGGACGGAGGAAAAGGGAGAGAAAAGAAGGGGGAGGGGAAGGGGAACGGGAACGGGAAAGGGGAAGGGGAGUGGAGGGUGGAUGCGGGGGAGGUGGAUCUGGUGAUGGUGCUGCUACAGCUGCUACAGGCCGUUCCCCCUGACUGCUGGUCGGCUGCAGACGCGCUGCGAUUGGUCGAAUGCAUCGCUGACGUGGAGCGGUGCUACAUGGCCCCUCUGCUCCUCCCUUCCCUCUCACCCAUCCCUACCUCUCGUUACAGUCACACUCUAGUGAACCACCAGCAAGAGCAUCAGCACCCUUGUCCCUCCUCCUCCUCCUCCCCCUACUCCUCUUCCUCCCUCCUCUUCCAAGCAUCCCUUGCCUGUCGGAAGGCCCUUCUCAGCUUUCUCUCUCUCCACCAAUCCCUCUCCCAUGCCUCCCUUUCCAAAACAACUUCUCUGGAGCCUGGUUUUGGUUCGGUGCCGAAGCUGCUGCCGUGGCUGGUGGUAGGCUCGGUGGGAGCAGGUGUGGUGAACCGAUGGGGGAAGCAGGAUGGUGGGGAAAAGGAGGAGAUGGCAUGGGAUGAUGAGAAGGAGGCAUGGGAGGCGUUGGUGGCAGCGAGCGGGGCAGCAGUUGGCAUGGCUGUGCAUGGGGUCAUGAUGGAUGGGGACACGGAGAGAAGCAGGGAGAAGGGCGAGGAGGGAGGCGUGCAUGCUCUUGGGGUUGGUGCAGCGAAUCCUAAGGGUCAUGAGGGUGGUGCAGCUACAGAUGUGAGCACAGAUGUGAGCACAGCCAUCGUUCAUCUGACUCUCUCCCAUCCCGAGACUGCCACUGUUCUCAUCGCCUCUGCUCAGGCCCUUGCAUCCCUCCCACACUGCAACCCCACUCCCGCCAACGCCGUAGCACCUGCAGCACCUGCAGCAGCUGUAGCACCAUCAUCAUCAUCAUUAUCAUCAUCUGUAGCACCUGCAGCGGCUGUAGCAGCAGCUGUGUGCUCGGGAGCCCUGUGGGAGAUGGCAGCUGUAGCAGAUGGCUUGAGCCAGGCUGGCGAUGAGUCAGCACCGGCUGUAGCACGUGCCACAGUAGAUGCAGCUACAGCUGUUGGCGCGGAGGCGACUGAACGGCCGCUGCUGGCACGCUGGGGUGGCCAGAUCCCGGCCACAUGGCGUGCCCUGAUUGGCUGCCUGGAGCCUGCUGUUGAAGGGGCGUUAAGAGGGAUGCUGGGGGAGAGCGAGGAGGGGAGUGAGAAGGGGAGAGAGGGGGGGAGAGACAAGGGGAGAACGGAGGGGAGAGAGGUGGUUAGUGGAGAGCGAGGAAGCGGGGUUGAUGGUUUAGAUUGGAUGUCAUUGCGUGCUGUCGGAUUUGAUGUGGCUAGGGAUGGUGAUGGGGGUGAUGGGGAAUGGUCUGGCAUGGUCAGAGGAAACCGCAGGAAGAGAGUGGAGGAGGAGGACGAGGAGGUUGAGAAGGUGGAGAGUGAGGAAGAGGAGAGUGAGGGAGAGGAGAGUGAGGGAGAGGAGAGGGAGGGAGAGGAGAGUGAGGGAGAGGAGAGGGAGGGAGAGGAGAGUGAGGGAGAGGAGAGUGAGGAAGAGGAGAGGGAGGGAGAGGAGAAGGAGGGAGGAGAAAGUGAAGGAGAGGAGGAGGAAGUUGAAAAGGAGGAGAGUGAGAAAGGAGAAGAAGAGAGUGAGGGAGGAGGGGAGGAGGAGAGUGAGGGAGGAGGGGAGGAGGAGAGUGAGGGAGGAGGGGAGGAGGAGAGUGAGGGAGGAGGGGAGGAGGAGAGUGAGGGAGAUGACAUGGAGGUGGAUGGAGGCAGGGAUGGCAGUAGGAAAAGGAAGAAGCCAGGCUUGCACUCAACAGCAGCAGCAGAUGCCGCAGCAGGAUCAGGAGCAGCAGCAGGAGGAGCAGCAGCAGCAGCAGCGGAGUGGGAGGAGAGCUGGUCUCGCAGUUAUGACCUCUCAGACUCACAGAAACAAACCCUCGUUUCCCUCCUUACAAGCACAUCCGAUUGCGUCACAGCUGGCCACCUGUUCUCUGCAGCUGCCGCUUCCCUGCACCUCAGAUGCGCGCUGGUUACUACCAAGGGAGGAGGUGAAGAGGUGAUGAGGUCCAAGGGAGGCGAAGAGGUGAUAAUGCCCAAGGGGGAUGAGGAUGUGGGAGCACAUAAUGCCUCCCGCGGCAGUGAGAGUCGAGGCGAGAAGGGGCCACGGCAAAAGGGGAGAAGAGGGGGGAAGGAGAUGCAAGUGAGGCGCGGUGCAAAGGAGGAGCAGGAUGAGGAGGAGGAGCAGGAUGAGGAGGAGGAGCAGGAUGAGGGGCAACAGAGUGUUGCCGGGGUGAGUCGGGUCGCACCAGAAUGUGCCCUUGCUUCUCGAUACACUCUCUCCCGCUCGUUUGUGGGGAGAGUUGUGCAGCCACGCCUGGCGUCCGCCCUCUUCAUUCUCGAGCAGGCCUCCCUGCUGCUGCGAGAAGGCGCCCUAUCGACGCUCGCAGCAGCACCGUUUGCACCAUCAGCAGCAGCACUGAGAUCGAAAGCAGCAGGUGCUGGGCCGGGAUCCGCUCCCAUCCCCUCUGUUGUCCUGUCUGCUGCCCCUCUUCUCCUAGGGGUGCUACAGUACACACAGGUGGCCGGCACCCGCAUGCUGCUAUGCGUCUCCCCCCACCCCCCCGCCUCCGCCUUCCGACGAAUCGUGCACGCCCACCUGGCGUUCCUCUCCGCCCUCUCGUUACAGUCACAAUCACUGUCACAGUCACUGGUGCAAUCAGCAACAAGAGCAGCACCAGCAGCAGCAAUGGCAGCAGCAGCAGCAGCAGCAGCCGCAGGAGGAGCAGCAACAUCACCAUCAGCAACAUCGCCAUCAGCAGCAGCAGCAGCGGAAGCAGCAAGGCGUGUGGUGGCGUCUCUCCAGCAAUCCACUGACCGCGCGCUGAAGCGGUUCGUGCAGUCGGCGUCGCACGGGUGGGUGGCUGUUAUCUUCCGCAUCUGCCGACACGAGCUGACGUGGCAGGUGCAGGAGGGAGGCGGAGGAGGGUGGGGAGGGGAGGGGAGUGGAGAGAAGGGAGUGGGGAGAAGUGGAGGGCGGGGAGGGGAGGGUGAUGGAGAGAGGGGCUAUGGCCAAGAGGGGUGUAUCCAGGGGAGUGAGCCCACUGAAAGAGACAGUACAAUAGGGUUUGAGAGCUCAUCAAAGUCAAACGGUCAAAUAGGGUUGGAUGCGGUGGCAGUGAUGGCGGACAAGCUCAUUCGCAGCUGCCCUGGCGGCCACUCGCUUCACUUCAUCGCUGCUCGAGCGCCCCUCCUCUCCUCGCUGCUCUUCAAAGCCAUCACCCUGCACACACUCCCUCACUCUCUCCCUCACACUGACACACUCUCUCUUUCCUCGUCAAUCCAACCCUUCUUCCUUUCCUACCUCUUCCCUUCUCCUGCCAUACCCUCACUCUCUCCCUCGCCCACUUCGGCCAGUUUUUUCACUAUUUGCCGUCACAGCCUUUCAGCACUCACUACUCUCGCUGCCCGGAGCGCUAUUUUCCCUUUCCGGGCAGGCCACGUCAGCCUGGGCCUCGCCUGCCCGAACCUUAUUCUACCGGCCAUCUGCCCUUCUUCGCAUUCGGCUGCCAGCAUGGGCCUGGCUGAACGGGCGGCGUUGUUUGUUGGUUUCUGCCAACUGCUGUGUGCCAUCAUUCGCCAGCGGAGCCGCUACGUGCGUUACAGCAUGGCACUCCUCUUGCAGUCCCUUCGCUGCAUGCUCAGCCUCCUCUCGCCAUCCUCCCCCUUCUUCUCCUCCUCUCCCCCCUCCUCCUCCUCCCACAUUCUCCCCUCCUCCCCCUCCUUCUCCUCCAUCCUUCCUCCUCCGCCUCCCCAACGAGACUACAACGAAGCCACGGCUGCCAGCUGUGCUCUGUGGUUGAGACGGGUUUAUGAUGAGGUGUCAGAGCAGCGCACAACUCUCAGCAGGAUUUGCUCCCUUCUGUUGGCCGAUUACAUCAUUGCCAUCACCACAACUACUACAGUCACAACUUCUACAGUCACCGCUCCCUCUGCAUCAUCCUUCACCACUGCAGCUGCUGCCAGUUCGCCCUUCACCAAUCCCACCUUCAACAGUAGCCCUGGUGCUGCCCAACUAGGCAAACAGCAGCAGCAGCAGAUUAUCGGGCUGCCCAGCUCCGUGGAAGCAGCGUUGGAGCCAGCAGCAUUCGCGCUUAUGGAUGCCUGCACCCCCCAUGACUUGCAAUUCCUACACAUGGCACUCGGGUCAGGUCAUUCCCGAAGGGCUGCUCUGGCCCGCUUGAAGCAAACAUAUGACGAAUCGUUCAAGUACGAGGGCAAGGUGUAACCAUAUCCAAGCAGGGUGUUACAUCACAAUUGCAGGGCACAAACGCAUGAAGGCAGUGUGUGAUUGUACGAGGGGGUUUCAUGUGAUUAUAAUUGGUGGUGACUGCAUCAAGGCAUGAUGCAGCAGUGUGGACGAU